CUUAUUUAAUAAUAAUUUAACGUACAGUCAAGCAAAUUUGCCGUUCAGUUUCGCCUCUGCAACAACGAACGAGAUUUUAUACAAUCACCCACUUGGCUCCCGCUCCCGCUCCCUCCGAAGUUGGAAGAGACGAUGCCCUCUUUGCAAACUGCGUUGCCUCCUGAACUAGCCAACAACGUAAUUAGGCUUUACCGUGAAUGUCUUCGAAGAGCUAAAUAUAUUGGUCAUCAGCAACAUAACACAGAGCUUCUUGUCAAUAUGGUAAGACAGCAGUUUAAAAGAAACAAACACGAGAUGGACCCAGAGAAGAUUCAAAAGUUGAAGGACGAUGCAGCAAGGGGACUUAUAAAUCACAUACUCUAUGAAUCGGAGAGGCUGUCUGGUCAUAAAGCGAGCAAGAGUACUUGAUGUUUCUUCAGAAUUUGAAGUAGAGGUUCGGGUCGAGAGCGCAGUAGGUGAGUUGGAUGAAAUUUUUGGCUGUCAAUUAGAUAAUAAAAGAGAUUUUUCCUUAACCAUCAUCAAUCUUCUGAGUGUUCAAGGAUCAUAUGCUUAAUGGAAUUUGCAUAAAUGGAAAGAUUUCAUACUGGCUACGCAUGCCAUUUUCUUGAUUUCCAAUAAACAGUAAUGGUUUAUACUGAAAGGGUGGAGGGGAAAAGCUGAAUUAGGAUCGGGACAUAAUUACAGUAUUAUCUCACAGUUUGCAAACUAAAUCAAGACAUUGUUUCUACCGAUUAUUCUAUA